AUGUGGGGGAAAAGGCAGAUUGAGAAUCCACAUUUACUCAGUAGGGAGGGGAAGAUAGAUAGUGUGGAGUGGGAACCUGGGAUUCAGCAACAUAGGGUAACUAGGCAGGCAGCAGGGAAGACGUGGAAGGGGAACAGAUGGUUCAGGAGAGUUGGAUGGGGUCAUUUGGCGUCUUCCAUAUCGAGCGAGAUCAAUCUCACCGGUAGUUUUGUUUGGAACGCAUACAUUGACGGUGUCAAAAUGCACGGGGGUUCUGUACGGAAUUGUCCGCACGGACCAGACAUGUCAUUUUACGAGCCAGUUUCCUCAUUCAAUCGGCCCCCCCAAAAAGGUUUAUUAGCUAGGUCAGCUACAUGA